UUACUCCAAUGUACAGCAACACCAGCAGCAGCAGCAGCAGCGACAACAACAACAACAACAACAACAACAACAAUAACAACAGAAAAUGCAGCAGCAAAUGCAACAGCAAAUGCAAAUGCAUUAGAAAGUCCAGCAACAGCUCUCUUGUGUUUGGUCAAAAGGCCAUUAGCAAGCCGAUCCCCAAGCCUCUGAGGGACCGAAUUCUAAUGAAGCUGGCGGGUAUUCCUGCCCCAGAAGAAUCUAACUACAUUAUUGCACUCAAAGAAAGAACGGCAAUGGAGCUUUAUAUUCCUAGGGGGGUUAAGCGGCAACUCCAGGAGGAGGAGUAUGAGGGGCAACCGGCAAAUGUAGACGGCUCUUGGCCUGCCCUUGAGCAUCUUAUUAAAAGAAAGAAAUUGUGGUUCGAGGGCAAGGCUUUUGUCAAGGCCCGUGAGCAGGACAUAGCUCGGGCUGAGCGUUUCCAAACACCGCUCUCUGAACUCAAGCCGACAGCCAUGAUUCCAGAAGUUGAAGCCUUUUGCAAAAGAAAAGCACUUGCAAUGGCAUACACACAGGCUGUACAAGAAGGAGUAGCAGAAGAAGAAGAAGAAGAAGAAGAAGAAGAAGUAGCAGAAGUAGUCGCAGAAGUAGCAGAAGUAGUCUCAGAAGUAGUCGCAGCCGAAGAAGCUAUUCAAGUGCAAAAGCAAGCAGAGACGCUCGCACCCAGAAGAGCAGUAAAGGCCAUGACGCUCGCUGCUAGAAAAAGAGCGGCGGAAGCACUCGCGGUUAAAAGAAGAGAAGCAGAAGCAGCAGCGACAACAACAACAACAAAGCCAGAGCCAGAACCAAAGACAGAGGCAAAGGCAGAGUCUGAGCCUGAGCCUGAGACAGAGCCUGAGACAGAGGCAAAGACAAAAACAAUGACAAUGACAAAGACAAAGACAGGGACAGAGGCAAAGGCAGAACCCCGUCUGGCCAAAAGCCCAUACGGCGGCUGCCAUUUUCGAGUCUGAGUAAAAAGUCCGUAGUCCGGGGGUUGCUCUUCUAAUGGUAACAAGAAGAGUAAUCCCCGGGAAACCCGGCAGAAGCAACUAACAAAUAUAUAUCUUUUUAUAGCAACAGGAAGCAACAGAAGCAACAUACUAACAUACUAACAAGCAACAGAUACUAACAAGCAACGGGAACUAACAAGCAACGGGAACUAACCUUACUCACAACUAACUUUAUGAACAAUUAACUUUAUGAACAAUUAACUUUAUGAACAAUUGACUUUAUGAACAAAUAAAUUUACUAACAACUAACUUUACUAACAGCUGACUUUACUAG